UUCGUGGCCGCAUCGUCUCACGAUUCUUGAACGCGUUUUUUUUUUUUUUUCUUUUUCUACGAGGACGAGUGAAAAUUAGGUUGAGCGGUAACGCCGCCGCCGCGAUGUUACGCCGCACGCGUUCAAGAGGGGGGGUGUCUGUAGUCGCAUGAUUCAUAUAGACGAUGGUGUGUUGAUCUGUGGCCCAGGUGGACUUCUCCGUAACAGCUUUUAUACGGCACCAACAACACCGAUCAAAUGGACUGGCAUCGAAUCUAGAAGCGACACUUCAUCAUGAGGCCGAUCAUAGACCUCGACGAAUGUAUCCGGGACUCUCCGAAAUUUCGGGAGGCACUAGAAGAAAAUGAAGAGAGCAUCGAUCAACUAGAAAUUAAGCUUGAUAAAUUGGUAAAGCUGUGCACCAACAUGGUUGAGACUGGGAAAAGCCAUGUCACAGCGAAGAGUGCAUUUAUCAACGGCAUCUGGGAUUUGGUUGGUUAUUUCAAGGACGAUGCAUCCAUUGUGAAUUCUCUAAAUAGGUUUAUACAGAUUCUCACAGACGUGUUGAAAUAUCAAUCGAUACUCCUCGAACAUGCGCAGAAGUCUAUAGUAAAAAAUCUGAGCCAUUUCAUCAAGAUAGAUAUCCGCCAGAGCAAGGAGACGCGACGGCACUUUGAGAAGAUCAGUGACGACCUGGACAAUGCGCUGUUCCGCAACUCGCAGGUGCAACGCGCCAAGGCCUCGGAGUGUGAGGAUGCCCACAAUGUGCUGAUUGCCACUCGGUCUUGCUUUCAGCACUUGACACUUGAUUAUGUUCAUCAACUCAGCUGCUUGCAGUCUAAGAAGAGGCAUGAGGUGUUGCAAACUCUGUUAUCUCUCAUGGGUGCCUACAGUACUUACUUUCACCAAGGCUCAGACCUGUUUGAGGACUCUGAGCCCUUUUUAAAGCAGUUAGGAGCCACUCUUGAAAAGCUCAGCAAAGAGUCUGCUGACCUUUCAAAGCAACUUGACUCAAGGCACACUCUCGUGACUUCAAAGGAUGUGAUCCCAGUAGUCCACAAGGACCCUUCGGCCAACAACGGCAUCAGCUUGGAAGGAUACCUGUUCAAGCGCACCUCCAAUGCCUUCAAGACCUGGAAUAGGCGGUGGUUCAUCAUCCAGAAUGGCCAGCUAGUGUACCGCAAGCGCUCCAAAGAUGAGCAGCGCACAAUCAUGGAGGAAGACUUGCGCCUGUGCACCGUUAAACCCGCACUGGAUUUUGAGCGACGGUUCUGCUUUGAGGUCCUCUCGCCUUCAAAGACUCACAUGCUACAAGCUGAUUCUCAAGAGUCGUAUGACUGCUGGAUCACUGCUUUGCAGUCAGGAAUCUCACACGCGUUAGACCAGCCUGCACGAGAUGACGAGGAUGAGAAGCUUUCAACGAACGAAUGGAAAGCAUCAUCAGAUUCUUCAUUGUCAACGACGUCAAGGCAGAGUGCAAACCCAGUGCCGAAACCUCCAAGGGCUCACAUCCAACUCACCAGCAUCCCCGGGAAUGAAAUGUGCUGCGACUGCCGCUCACCUGGUCCUUGUUGGGCCAGCAUCAACCUGGGGAUCACUCUGUGCAUCGAAUGCUCUGGGAUACACAGGAGCAUGGGUGUGCACGUGUCCAAAGUGCGCUCCCUGACACUCGACACCUGGGAACCGGAAAUACUCAAGGUGAUGGCUGAACUGGGAAACACGGUCAUCAACAGCGUCUACGAGGCUCGUGUGGACGAAAACAUUGCUGUCAGGGCCACGCCAGACUGCAGCAGGAGUGUCCGUGAGGCCUGGAUUAAGGCUAAGUACUUGCAGAAGGCAUUUGUGAAGCCACUUCUUGGAUCAGUGGCCUGCCUGUCCCCACCACGCGAUGCGUCACGCGCAUCACCAGUAGCAACACCGGUUUUGCGAAAAGCCACGCUGCCUCAGCGCUGGAGCGUUCGCAAAAUGCAUCGUCGCAGGAGGACCGUUCAUGUCCAAGACCAGCGUCAUGCGGAUGCAGGUGACACUGCCCUUGGGGUCGCCCGGCGUCACAGCAGCGCCGUCGCAUUGCCAGCCGACAAGUCCCCCGUCAGCAUCGAUGCCUUGUCUGUGAGCUCUGUAGGCUCGGAGACCCGCUUCAGCAUGGCCUCGCAGGAGAGUGGGGUUGUCAUGAAGGAAGGCACCUCUCUGCCCCCUUCGGACAAUGAAGGAAAGGCUGCGGUUGAGAUGUCCUCGAACCAAUCCGAGGACGAUGUGCUCGUCUUUGGGGAGUCCCUCGUCCAGGUCAUGCCGCCGCAUACAGAGCUGGAGCUGGACAGCGCAGAUGAGUCGCCGACGCAAGAUGAAGAGGACACAACCCAGGAAGAAGACAUGUCCAACCUGAGUCCCAGCUUGCUCCUGUACAGGGCAGCGGCUGCCCACAACUUGCCGGUGAUGUGUCUUGCCCUGGCGAAUGGAGCCGACCCAAACUGGCCCAAUCCGGAUGAAGGGGGUCGAUACCCUCUCCACCAGGCUAUACAGAGUGGCUCUAUCAUGGCCUGCGAGUUCCUGCUCCUGAAUGGUGCCAAAUCAAACAGCGCCGACGACAAUGGCCGCACGUCCCUCCACAUCUCUACCCUGCUGGGGAACACAGGGCAAGUGUGCCUUUUGCUGAAGCAUGGAGCUGAUCAGCACUCUCAGGACAAGGAUGGCGCAACAGCACUCAAGAUGGCUGUGGAUAAUGCCAACCCCGAUAUCGUCACCAUGCUCAGGCUCGCCAAGCUCAAUGAGGAGAUUCGCCGGGAUGAGUUUGGCAACCCAGGUGACGACACCUUCAUCGACGUUGUCCGAGACUUCUCGCACAUGGCCUCCAACAAUCCGGAGAAGCUGCGUCGCCAGCCAAGCAAGCAUGCGGAGUGAGAAAAUGCGCCCAUAUUUGUUGUUGUUUAGGUGCAACUUUUCUUUUUAUUGCUGUUGUUGUUGACAAAAAGGAAAAGACUGAUAUUUACUGUCUGUUAUCGCAGCCCUUCAAAACAUUUGUCAAACUGCUCAAAAGACGUGAAGCCUAACUGACACGGGUCACUAGUAUGCGUUUUUCUUAAUCUUUUUUUUUUUUUCUAACUUGUAUGUGAUGCUUGUCAGUAGCGGUGAAGAUUACGGGGCCAUGUUUUGCGAGGCAAAACUUGGAAUGCUCCAGCAAAUUGCGACCUAAGCUGGUACAUAUAUCGCAAUUUCUUUCGUUUGAUUCUAUUCCAUUCUUAUCAUCCACCCUCUAAGACUGGCCAGUUCUGUUUGAGCACUGCCCAAGUUGUGAUCAAAGGGUGAGAAUGAAUAGGUUUGGAAUGCUAUUGGUCGACCUUAGCCCAGUUGCCGCUGCUUCUGUUAGCGAUGUUUUCUUUAUUAUUGUUAUUUUUCGAAAGUUGCUGCAACAGCACUGCCUUUUGACCGCUACACAGAGGCGCUUGUUACGAUGACCGAUUUGCAAAUUGAUCUAUGUAUAAACAGCUGUUGGCCCCAGGCCAUGUUCCCACUUAUUUACGAGAUACUACGGUCGUGUUGGACCGUGCAGUUUUUUAUGUGUUUGUUGAGCAUGCCACUGUUGAGGACUGACACCGGGCAACUCGCAAGUUGGGAGACUGCGGUGCCCGAUGCGUUUCCAUGAUCGGCUAGUGAAUGAAGUGUUAUCUGCUUGCUUUUUCAGUGACAAUAUUGGGCACAAAAUGCUUUACUGCCACCAAACAGCUUGUGUAAUGGUUCAUGUUUGUUUUACUUUGUCUGUGGUGUUUAUUUGUAAAGCCAAACGACAGGCUUUGUUGGAGCAGUGCACACUGGUUGUGUGUGCAGUGUAUCAGCUGUGUGCAUUGUUGGGAGUUGUAUUUACGAGCUUUGUUUCCGUGCCCGUGCUUAUGCAAUUUCUUUUACGCGAAUGUGUUUCCUUUGUCUCUUAACACAUCAGGCCUGCAAUGCGUCACUUGACUUUUUUUUUAUGAUUGUUGUUAUUAGCAUGAUAGUCAAGAUCAUUGUUGUAAGUCUUUCAGAGGCAUGUUCCUAGGUGUGCAUUUAAACUGCGCAAUUGAAAAUGUCUUUCUUCUUUUUCUUUCUCUUAAAAAGUGAACAGACCCCUUUGUUUAGAACAGAGGCCAAGUAACACUUCCAUUGUUUGCACGAGGUGUCACCUUUAUAACUACAGUCGUUAAUUACUCAGCUAAUUAAUGCUACGAGCUUCGAAGGUUUGAGAUGCAUGCUUGAAGACUCACUAUUUGAGAUUGUGGACAGAAGAGAUGUUUUAUUAUUCAGCCGAGGCCAAGGAAUCAUGUUUGUGCAAGUGCAGUUGUAAUUGCGAGCUUCGGCUUGCAUCUUUUUGGUGCCAGAGGACUGAAGAGAUGUUCUAGCAUUCAUGAGGGCCGAGGAUUUGCAUUUGUGUGAAAUACAGUUGGCAUUGCAAGCUUUAGCUUUAGAAGUAGGUGCCACUGUGAAUGCUUUUUCUAGUAUCAAAAACUGUAUUCAUAUAGUUGCCGAAUGUUUUCUUGCCUGCUUGUAGAUCGUUGUUUCAUGUAGAUAUUUAAGGUUUGUGAUUACUGCGGAAUAUGUUUACUCCUAAUUAUUACUUUUACAGCUAUCAUUGAGGUAUAGCAGUUUGUAUACAGAUGCAUAAAGGCGUAUAGUACUUUGUGAAAGAGGUGUCUAAAAAAAAAAAUGUGAUUGUACUGUUUUUUAAGGAUGCAUUGCCAAUUUUUUUCUAAUGGCGGUGGUGUAAGACAUGUUAUAGGAGCACGUAAGCAUAAUACACGAUGUGUCAACGUCAUAAAAAUCCUUUUAACCCUUUCACUUCCAUAUCCUUUUGAGAAUAAUUUAAAGUUUAUAGCAUUCCUUAAAUUUGUUUUCUUUAGCAGCAUAUCCUAAUUUGAAAAACAUGUGUGGUUUAUGCCUUACAUAGUCAUAUUAAAAAAAAAAAGACUUUCCCUCAACAUCAGCACAGCUUUUGUACUGCAGUUGACUCAUGAUCAUAGCUAAAGUUCAGGUUAAUUCAAACAAAUUCUCAAGUCUUAUCUGGCGUGAUGUGUCGUCAUUGCAAUCUUGAACCCACAUAAUUCAAACAAGGCCUUCAGUUCUAGCUUUCUGGCUUCCCAAAGUAAGCAGAAUAACACAGCUAAGAACAUCUGUUGAGAGGACACUCACAAACCACGAGUAGUCAAAAGAACGUUCACAUUAUACAUUUGGGAUGUGCGUGCUUACAGGCAACACUACGAAAUGCUGCCACUAACUCUCAAAUGCAACUACCGAUUCAUGCGUAUCUCUUCACAGACUCGUUAUGAUUCUGUUUUGACAUGACUGAGCAUGUACAUUAUUUCCCUGAUAACAGACAAUUAUGCUUUAAACUGUAGAAUAUAUUAUUAAUGAAUUCAGACAAACACCAUUGUUCCUAGGAGUUUGGAUUAAUAAGAGUCAAUUGCAAUUGUGUGCUCACAUGAUCACAUCAUGAGAGGAGUGCGAGGCAUCAAAAUGUGUAUAACUAGGUGUCCUGUACUAAAUUUGAUCAGUGUAGUUCUCUUGUAACAAGCUAGGCCAUAGAGCCUGCGGCCUAGACAAGUGGGAAAAGUGAAAGGGUUAAAAGUGUUACAGCAUCACGUACAAUGUGUGCCGUGGUCACCACCUCGUGACAAUGACUUGUCAUUUACCAGUUGUUUGGUUUCUGUGUUUAAUGUGAACGAUUACUUUUAGUCUACGUAAUGUAAUGGCAUGCUGGAGAUGCAAAAUGCUGCUCUCUUGUUUAGAAGGUGCUCCUGCGGUUAGACACAUUCCCAAACAAUUCCUGCGAUGUUAAUAGAGAUGUCAUGAACUUGCAUAAUGUGACCGGGACUUAUGUGAAAGACUACCAACACCAGCAGUCUACCACAAAUCUGUAAAUGAGCUUGCUGGCAUGGGAUGCGAUUUCUUAGUUUCUUUUUAAGCAAGUCCAGAUCUGCUUGCUACAUUAACUAAAGUAGACUCUCGAUAAUACAAACUUUGGUAAUAAGUGAGCCAUUUGGUUUGAUGAAAAAAUUACAAUUUUUGGUUGGCCCGCUCUGUUAUACAUGAAUUGAAAGCCUUAAUUUAUAAAAGUUGAACAAGGAUUUCGAGUUAUUCAAACUUUUUGGUCUUGAAGGGCAGUGUAGCCUAGGAAAAGCUCUUGAAUAGCCAAAAACAUGCCCAUGUUUGGUAUUCAAGCUGCCAUAUACGUUGACAGGCACCAAUCCUGUCACACGUGUCUGUUUUGACAUGACUGGGUGUGUGUUCAGCUGCUCACGUGGUAAGCUAUAUUUGUUUUGGGCCACAUUUUAGUUACGGUCUGAUAAUAUAUACGAAAAAUCAUGGGUGAUAGGAGCUUGGAUUAACAAGCUUUUACUUACUAGUUGGUCGGAGAGGGAAGAAUUUCAGGAAAAGUGUCGGCAGCCAUAGUCAAGAAAAUUAAUGUUGAAGAAAAAAAAAAGGAUGAUUCAGGAUCUCAAGGGCUCCGUGUGACCGAGCACAGCCAAAGAAUUUGUCCCCAGUGGCAAAGACAUUGCUGUGAUAACAUUUAAAAAAAUGUGGGAACAAAUGUUUCUUUUAAUGUCACAAGUUUAUAUAAUACAUGGAGACCGUAUAGGAAGCACCAUGUGCGUGAGGAUGUCAUUAGUGCUACUGUGAAAGGAAGUGUUGAAAAAAAAUAUAUUUGGGGAAGCCGAAGUACAAUAAAGGCAUUUUAAAUGAUG